AUGGAGAACACUGGUGACAAUGUCCAUAGUACGAAGAAUGAGCAUUCUAGAAUACAGAAUGGUAAUAGGGAGACAACAACAUUACCUGACAGAGAUCCUAGUCACAAUGAUGUGAUGUUAUUUGGGAUCUCUCAUGAAAUAAAACAACUUGCCGAAGCAGUGAGAUCCAAGAACGAGUCAUGUGUUAACAAGAGCUCGGUGGAACAGAUGAUAAGGGACUUGAGCGAAGAGCACCGCAGAGACUUCUCUUCUCUCAGUACCAAAUUAGAUCAGCUCUUGAGUCAGUUCGGAGACGACGGUGCAGAAGCAGCUCAGCCCGGUUCCAAUUUCCGAAGAAGGAACGACCAAUACAGCAUCCAGCCUACCAGUAGUAAUAACUUCAGAAACCCUCAGCUCACUAACGUACAGAGUGUAGGGAUAAGUGAGAUGCAGAAACAACUUUGGGCCGCAGUCAAUAAAUUAGAUUGGCCGAAGUUUUCAGGUCAAGGUGAAUAUGACCACACAGAGUUUAUUGACUGGAUUGAUGACUGCAGAGACGAGACAUCCAUUCCCGACGAAUACAUUCAAGUUAAGUUAAUCUCUAUCCUGACAGGCGUAGCGAGUCAGUGGUACAAAACUAUGAGGAAAGAUCAUAAAGAUGAGAAGUGGGAUUUCUGGAGAGAAGAAAUCCGCAAACAAUAUGGCACCUCGAAUUGGAUGCGCAAGAAACAAGAGUCCUUCGAGAAAGACAGAUUUAUACCUGGAGAAACACCAGUAUCGUCCUGGGUCACCAGGCAGUACAGGAGGCUUCGAGCUUUUGAACCUCAAUUAUCACAACAAUCCAUUAACUUCCGUUUGCUCGGAUUGAUGGAUAGAGAGGUGGAAUAUGCUACCAAGAACGCCAUGCAAUCAACCACAGCAGAUAUGAGUACCCUGAUUAAUGUCCUUGAAGAUAUAGUUGAUAAAACGAGGCUUGGUCGUAAGAGAUUCCCGCCAAAAUCCAUUGAAAAAACCCCCUCAAAGGUUAUAGAAGGGCGAGAAAAGGCGCCGGUGACAAGUGACAUCAAAUGCUAUUCUUGCCAAAAAACAGGUCAUACGUCUUGCAACUGUCCCUCUAAGGUCAAUAACGUAGGUGAACCCGCGAAGAAUUUUCGAGCGAGAGCGAAGUAG